UCUGUGACGUCCUACCGGGUGCAAAAGAAGCAAUUAUUUCUUGUUCAAGUAACGUGUUAAAGACUUUAUAAUAAUAACUUCUCUACGUUAUUGAAAAUAAUAUAAAAUGACAACACGAUCAAAUGUGAUUUGUUAGUGUUACAGUGAAGUGACUACCUCGCAUAGUAACGGGAUAAUCGAGGUAGAAGAAAGACAAAAGAAUGCAUCGUCAAUCAUUAAUCACUUUGUGUCGACUUUCACAAACUUGGAAUGACCUUCGAAGAAUUUUGUACUCAAGUACAGUGACGUCAACAAGAGACUGCGUGGUCAAUUACGAUGCAACUGCUCAGGCAAAAUCCUACGAAACUAUACCAGGUCCGAAGCCAGUUCCAGUUUUAGGAAAUACUUGGCGUCUGUUUCCGAUGAUCGGCCAAUACCAAAUAUCAGAUGUAGCGAAGUUGUCACAAAUAUUCUACGAUGAAUAUGGAAAAAUUGUUCGUUUGACUGGCUUAAUAGGUCGGCCAGAUUUAUUGUUCGUUUAUGAUGCCGCCGAGAUCGAAAAAAUAUAUAGACAGGAAGGACCGACGCCGUUCAGACCGUCAAUGCCGUGUUUGGUGCAUUAUAAAAGCGUUGUGAGGAAGGACUUUUUUGGAGCUCUACCAGGUGUCGUUGGAGUGCACGGGGAGCCCUGGCGAGAAUUUCGUACGAGAGUUCAGAAGCCUAUCCUCCAACCACAGACAGUGAGGAAAUACAUUUCACCUAUAGAGAUGGUCACAUCUGACUUUAUACAAAGAAUUCAAGAAAUUAAAAGAGAAGAUGGAGAACUUCCAGGAGAUUUUGACAACGAAAUACAUAAAUGGGCUCUAGAAUGUAUAGGUCGAGUUGCACUAGAUGUGAGAUUAGGCUGUUUAGCAGGUGAUCUAAUGCCAGAUUCAGAACCACAGAAAAUCAUCGACGCAGCAAAAUUUGCUUUAAGAAAUGUAGCUGUACUUGAAUUAAAAGCUCCUUACUGGAGAUACGUGCCUACUCCACUCUGGUCAAAAUACGUGCGUAACAUGGAUUACUUCAUCGAGGUAUGUAUGAAAUACAUCGACGCAGCGAUGGAGAGACUGAAAACGAAAAAAGCUGUAGAUGAGUUUGAUUUGUCCUUAGUGGAAAGAAUUUUAGCCAAUGAAACUGAUCCUAAAAUGGCUUACAUACUUGCUUUAGAUUUGAUUUUAGUUGGAAUAGACACAAUAUCUAUGGCUGUUUGUUCGAUAUUAUACCAACUAGCUACUAGACCGGAAGAACAAGAAAAAAUUUAUCAGGAACUUGUAGAAAUUCUUCCUGAUUCAAGUGUACCACUUACUACGAGUCAUCUUGAUAAAGCUAUUUACAUGAAAGCCUUUAUUCGUGAAGUUUUCAGAGUAUAUUCCACAGUAAUUGGGAAUGGUAGAACAUUACAAAGUGACACUAUAAUUUGCGGAUACAAAGUUCCAAAGGGGGUGCAAGUCGUAUUUCCAACUGUAGUAACAGGAAAUAUGGAAGAAUACGUAACAGAUGCAAAAACAUUUAAGCCAAUGAGAUGGCUCAAAGAAUCUCCUAACGAAACCUUGCAUCCGUUUGCUUCGUUACCGUAUGGUUAUGGUGCACGUAUGUGCCUAGGUAGGAGAUUUGCGGAUUUGGAAAUGCAAGUGUUACUUGCUAAGCUGUUAAGAUCUUACAAACUAGAGUACCAUUAUGAACCACUGAAGUACAAAGUUACGUUUAUGUAUGCACCCGACGGGAAACUCAAAUUCAAAGUGCUUCGAAGAUAG